GUAUUUGCAUCCUGACAUCAAAGCCAUGUGCAACAGUCGGCCAGCUCGAUGUUGGUCCGAUUGGGGCUGCUUUGCGUGGAUUGGGCCUUCCACCUAGAGGUGACCGCCGACGAGGCAAAUGGAGACAAUCGCUCCCAGAGUGAGGUGCUCUCGUUGGUGGUCAAAGCCUUGGGCUUUGGUGCCAAGGAGGCAGAGAACAUCUUACAGAAGCCCUGCCAUCCUUCGGUGAGUUACAUGGAUGUCCGGUGCAACGAGAAGGGCGAGCUGACUUUAUUAUGGAUCAAUCGGCAGAUCCGUGGAAGGAUUCCUAAAGAGAUCGGGCAACUGCAGGCUCUGGAAACGUUGGUGCUCUACCAGUGCUACCUCAUCGGCUCGAUUCCGCCGGAGCUUGGGGAGCUAAAGAACUUGGAGAUCCUGGAUCUGUCGGAAAAUCGCCUUGAGGGAUCCAUCCCCAAGGAGCUGGGACAUCUCCAGAGGUUGGAACGCUUGAGGAUCUUCCACAACCGUCUCAGUGGCGAGAUCCCCAAGGAGCUUGGUUCCCUUCCACAGUUGGUGGAACUGCAGGUGCAAUCAAACCAACUCAGCGGGAGGAUCCCGCCCGAGUUGGGGCAGCUGCCGAAUUUGGCACUCUUGAACCUGGGCGAAAACCAGCUGAGUGGCAGCUUUCCGGUGGCGUUGACCCGGUUGAACACUUCCCUUGCAAAGCUGGAUGUGGGGCAGAACCUGCUGACCGGAGAGCUGCCUAUAGAGUUGGGAUCGAUGCAAGAGUUGAGAUCUUUGCGUCUGGGGCCUAACCGCUUUCAUGGCUCCAUCCCCAAGGAGCUGGGGCAGCUUGAUUGUCUCUACAACUUAGAUUGCUGGCAGUGUGGACUGGAGGGUGAAAUCCCUCCAGACUUGGCCCGCUUGGAACGUUUGGACCAAUUGAUUCUGAGCCAGAAUCGCCUCACGGGGCCUAUCCCGAAGGAGCUGGGGCGUCUGAAGCACUUGAGGGGGCUCUAUUUGCACGGGAAUCUCUUGUCCGGCAGCAUCCCUGCCGAACUGCAGGGUCUUGAGGCCUUGGUCCGAAUCGACCUGAGCGAGAACCGACUGACCAAUGAGAUCCCCGAGGCUUUGCAAAGGCUCAGGAGCUUGAAGGACUUGCGCUUGGCGGGAAAUUGGCUCUCAGGGAGGCUGCCGGCGCUGGACGUGCUGUCGCUGUGCGUCCUGGACCUGCGAGGGAACUUGCUCAACGGCGAGCUGCCAAGACUGCCUACGACGCUGAAGGUGGUGGACUUGGGGCACAAUUGGCUGGGGGGCAACUUGUCUCAGCUGCAGCAGCUCUGUGUUUCGGGUUUGGUGCGAACGCUGCAGCUCAGCCACAACGACUUCACCGGCCCGAUUCCGGCGUGCCUGCUGAAGAUGAAGGAGCUGAAGCAGCUGUCCUUGAAUAACAACCGUUUGCAGGGUGAGAUCCCUCUCAUUGAAGCUACACAGCUGGUGGUGCUGACACUUCACCGCAAUGAGUUGUCCGGUGCGUUUCCAUCCUCCUUGCAGUCCUUGCGCCAUUUGUCGGUCUUGACUCUACAUGAGAACUCCUUGGAUGGCGCCAUGAGCCCGUUGCAGCUUACCACGUUGUGCUUCGACAACCCACGCUUCAUCAUCCGCGGCCUCGGCUGUGCGAACUUGGCCUCGGCCAAUCGCCACUGUGAUUAUGGGGGCUUUCACGAUGAAGCCGAGGCUUUCACGUUUAACGAGGCAGAGCAGGUGCGAAAGAACUGCCCCGACUGGUGCGGCGUGUGCCCGCCGGUGGGCGCUCAAGUGAUGCUACACCACAAUCGUCUCUCCUGUGAAUUGCCCAUGAGCCUCAGCGAAGUGGUGCCUGUGCAUGCCACAGCUCUCAUGGGCAACAUGCUCGGGGACGGGCGAAGUUUGAGUGCAUCCUGGAUCUCGCCAGAGGAGCGGCAGGCGUUCCUCUUCUAUUCUCCCGCAGUGUGGCGCACCAAUCUGCAGGUCAUGGCCUCUGUCUUGCUGCUUUCAUUGGGCAUCGUGGUGUUUCAGAAGAGGCUUCGGGACAAACUCCGAGUGGCUUCCAGCCUUUCGACUUCGGGUGCUUUGGGUGCUGGAGUCUUCUCAUCCAACGUGGCGGUCUUGAAAGUCGCGGGCUCCAUGAUCAUCCUGUCCACUCUGCUUUUGCUUAUCGUCUCCAUAAGUCCUGGGUACCAUUUGUGCAGCCCGCCUCUCUCCAAGCUCACUGUGGCCAACUUGAAGGAGAACCCCAGCAGCGAGCUCUUCGUGAUCUUGGUGUGGUGCUUGAUGAGCUUGCUGUCGAUGAGUGUGAUCGCCAGUAUCCCAGCCGACCGCCCAGGAACCAGUGGUGAUCCGUCGGACUCCGGCGACGAGUCCGAGACCUUCCGGGGAUGGAGGGAGACCUGGCUGAGGCUGCUCUCCUGGCUUUGCUGGGUCUUUGUUGUGACGCUCUUCUCAUCUCCCUCCAUCCUCUUCGCAGUGUCUCAGGCCUUACCUGCCAAGAACACCUUUGCUCUGUCGGAAGGGGUCUUGAGCUUCUUCCACACUGCCGCUCCACUGUUGAUCGUCGGCUUGGACCUGCUGGUCUUGGGGACCCUGGCGGGAUACUACUCGAAGCUCACCGGCAUCAAGGCGGAUCGAUUGAUGAUGGCCUUUCGCCUGGGUACUGCGUGGCUCUUACCCUUGCUGAUCACGGUCUCUCUGCAUGAGAACUGCAUGGGGGGCUGGAAGCUCUUCUGGACCGUGUGCCAGGAAGACUCGCCUGAACAUCAGAUCUUCAACUUGCAGAUCUGGGAAGAGCAAAUCUUGAGCACCGAGAAGGACCUCUGCACACUCAGCGAGGAUUGGUGGUGCGAUGGCCGUUGCACGCGCUCGAUCGUGGACAACUUGACCCCGCUCCUCCUCAAGAAACUCUUGAUCCGCAGCACUCUGCAGCCUCUCUUCUUCGUAAUGCUCUGGCGCAUCUCCCACACAAGCGAUGAGGGCCACUUGGUGUUGCCGGUCGGACCGGGGUGGCGAACCAGCGGACUGCUGAUGCCGCAGAAGCAGGUGACCCUUCUGACCACGUAUUUGGAGGUCUUGUUUUUCUGGAGUCCGUUCAUCCCUUUCUUGAGCUUGGCCAUCCUCAUCGCCGUCUGCGCCAACGUCUUGGUGUUGGAUAUAGGCCUUCGGUGGUAUGGGGUGCAGGUGCCUCCGGACGUCCGCAGAUUGUCCAGGUCGUAUCUGAGGUUGACCCUUCGUGCCACUGGUGGCUUUCAACUCUGGCAUGCCUUUGGGACCGAGAUGUGGGGCCGACACGUGCUGCUGGCUCUGCACUUCUUGCUGCUGAUCCCUUGGACCACUCGACUGCUUCCGGUGCAGAGAGCCAGGCACCUCCUCUGGCGAACACCGCGACACCCACGCCGCAGAGGGGACAACGCUCUGGCGAACACCUCGACCCCGUCGUCGAUCCAACUGGGCGAUCUCCAGGUGAUCUCAUGACUUACGCCAAGCAGCUGCCUCUCGCAUCCUCCUCCACCAGAAGCAGACCUACGCCGCCGUCGGUCGCUGCGUUGGUGGACAUGAGAAACGCGCGAGCACAAGGAAGCAGCGGCUGCCGCGUGGCGCUCAUCUGUGCUGGUGCAGAGUCCCAGCGCCGUUUUGAUUCACCUUGGUGACUUGGGCGAGAUGAUCGUGCUGGGAGGACUGGUUGGGAUCUAGACUUGCAACGGUUUUGGGAUGACUUGCUGUUCCAUGGUUCUUAGGGAUCUAGGGAUCUACUUCAGCGUGAUCAUGCUGAUAGUGCUUGGAUUCUUCCUGCAAAGGUGGGGAGCAGAGUUGAUGGUAUAGUCCCAUUUAUCGGGGUGAUCGAGCCAAUCGAAAGGUCCAGGGGGUCUCUCUCCCGUUCUUCCCCAAUGACACAGGCGGGCUUGGGCAGACAACGAGGGGAGCGAUGGAGGGAGUGCUCCCAGCGAUGGAGGGAGUUCCAGUGGCCAGUUCACAGAGUCUCAGAGUGAGUGCCCCAGAGUAGUGGGGCAUGGAUCAGAGAUGGUCGCUGGAAGCUGGUAGAUACUGUGACUUCCAAAUCAAGCGGCUUGGUGUGCUUCAACAUCUCGUAGAAGUCCCUGAGUCCCUGUCAAUGUUCUAACUUGUUGUUUUCUCCUAGUCAGACGCCAAACAAGAGCAGUGAAUAUCAAAGUCAUGCGGUUUCUUGCGCCAUCCAGGGAGUUUGGGACAUGAUGCAGCGAAGAUCAGUGCAGAGAUGCCAGGAUCCUAGGAGGAAAAAGUGCCGCGGCCACCUCGGAAACCCGACGUGCUUGGGAUCACACCAUUUUAUGGUGCAAAUUUUUGGGUGGUCGAAACUGCUGAGAAAAACGCGAGUUUUUGGUGAUUUGUUUGAUCAUAAUUUGUGGUUCCA